AUGCCCUCUUUCCUCGCCGUCAACAACAAAAACAACAGAAUGACCGUACCCGAGCAGCAGCAGCAACAACAGCAACAGCAGCGGAAAGAGCUGCCGCCCGGAACAGCUGCGUCCGUAUCUGCUAUCAACGGACAGCCGAACGGGCAGCCUCUCGGGGGACAAAACGGCAUCACCUCUCAUACUGAACUCAGCUCGAACCAUGGAACGAACGAUGUAACCGUUACUGAACAACAGCGUCAUCGACAACAGCAACAACAGCAAUCAGCAGUACACUACGCACACUCACAUUCAUCAUCCGUAUCGCCACAUACAAAUACCCAGGCCACCGCCGCCUUAGCUUCUAAUCGCACCUCCGUCGUCAGUCGCGAAGGCUCUUCUACUCAUUCAUCCGCCUUUGACGAGAUGCAGCACCCAGAGUCAGACGGAGACCAUUAUCAGACCGAUAACGAGAUCGAAAUGGGCGGCACCGAAGAUGCCGGACCUUCAGGAACAAGCCCUGCAGGUACAUCAGGGGCCGCAGCAACAAAUUCAAUCACAGCGGUAGCAAACGCAGUAACUGCUGCGGCAGUAGCGGCCGUAACAGCAACAGCCAACGCUGCUGGCGGGCCGCCAUCAAAGAAGAAAAAGGGCCAGCGAUUCUACUGUACCGAAUUUCCGCCUUGCAAUCUCAACUUUACCAGAAGUGAGCACCUAGCCAGGCAUAUCAGAAAACAUACUGGAGAACGACCAUUCCAGUGCCACUGCUCUCGCCGGUUCUCCCGCCUCGACAACCUCCGCCAGCAUGCUCAGACCGUCCAUGUCAACGAGAACAUCCCAUGCGACUCCCUUGCGGCCAGUGGAACCCGAUUCCAGCGCCAGGUACGUACCGAUCGUGUACGUGGUACCGGGAGAUCCCGCGCGGGGACCGCCGGCAGCCAUUCACACAGCCACAGCCGCAACCUAUCCACCUCAAGCAUAUCCUCGAACAUGUCUAGCUAUACCCCAUCGCAUCAGGAGCUACGACGACGGCCACCACCGUUGAUGAUGGCCGGCUCUGGCGCCGAACACCACCACCAUACCCGCAGCAGGCAUUCUCUCUCAUUAGAGACAAGGGCUGAGCCGCCCAAAACUCCUCCAAAUCAGUCCGCUGUCCCCCCUGGUCCCACCUUCACGCCGUCAUCAGCUACAUACGACCAGUCAAGCCCUUACUAUGCUUCACCAAACUCUGCUUACGGUUCCUCACACUGGCCGGACCGCAACUUUGGUCGCCGUUUGUCAGUACCAACAGGUACGAGGCCAUUUGACUCGUCGUCGCAUCCAAACUACCCGAAUCAGCAGUCCCCGUAUACUCGCAUGACGCAUCCGCCAUACCCCGGUCCGUCAAUAGCACCGGCGCCGCCUCCCGUAAUGGCUCCCACGCCAACAGACCCAGCGCAAUAUGCAUCUGUAACACCAACUAGCUCCAUAGACUCGGGGUUUGAAGCCGAUCCCCGACGAAGGACAUGGCAUCCCUCUUCAUACACUGGCUUUGCACGCCCUCCGCCAGCUACCAGCGGCCUCUGGUACCAGCAAUCUGCUGAAGCACCAGGCUCAGGUCCCAGCGGAAAUGUUAAUGUACCUCCACUGUCUUCGCCUUCACAGCCAACUACAACUCGUCUGCCAGGUAUCGAAUCCUUUGACCAUGUUCCACCACGCCGGGAACGUGACCGAGAACGAGAGGCCAGCCCAAUGAGCCUUGACCGCCACCGCUACCAACAUCAGCCAUACUCGCAGCCGCCACCCCCGCCGUCACACCUGAUGAGCAGCGCGCCAUACGCACCAACUUUCAAUGCUGGCCCCCGGCCCGCUCCGCCAUUCUCUGGUGCAGAGCAUCGGCGCGGCCAGCUGUCUCUAGAUACCACGUUACAGCGCACUCUGACUAGACUAGACCUCCACGGCAAUGGCAGCUCCGGCGGUAGCGCUAAGGACGCAGCAAGCUGGAGUCAAACAACACUGGGUGAAUUGCAGAGUAUUGGUUCUCGACCAUCUACAGGAGCUGGCACUGGUCCUCUGAGGGAAGACGAAGAUGAAAUGGAAGAAGACGAAGGACCGGGACCAAGUGUUCCUACCGAAAUGCCUCUCACGCAGCAUCAGCCAGUGCAGUACGAGAUGAAUGCAGUCGAGCAGCAGCCACAACAGCAACGUACGUCUGGGAGCAGCGGCAACAAAGGACUAGAUCGUCUCGAAGCCUUGGUCGCGGUUGCUACAAGUGAAAAUAAGAAGACGAAAUUUAACUCUAACGAUACGGCUCAUGGAUAA